CACCAUGAGUGUGGUCCUGGAUUUGCCCUACACUCUGUGUAUCUGGAUCUCUGCUGCAGUUGUCAUCAUCUACACUCUGCUGGGAGGUCUCUACUCUGUGGCCUACACUGAUAUUAUUCAGCUUGUUCUUAUAUUCAUUAGCUUGUGGCUGUGUGUUCCCUUUGUCUUGAUGAACCCUAACUGCUUGGACAUCAGCAAGACACUGAUGAACAACACCUUACACGCUCCCUGGAUUGGUGCACCAGGACUGGAGAAGACCGGGAUCAUGAUGGAUGAAUUCUUGAUGUUUGCACUGGGAAGUCUGGGAUUUCAGUGUUUACACCAGAGGACGUUGGCAGCUUCUUCAUUAGCCACAGCUAAGCUCUUGUGCUUAGUCGCUGCUUUCUUCAUACUUGUGUUUGGAACACCUGCUUGGGGCAGCUGCUGCAUCUACAGGUACUGA